GCUGCAGGAAACCAGCGCACACACAACCGUUCUGAGGUCAGCCUUAGAAAGCAGUUAUUAACAAAAGUAAAAGCGUCCUCUCCACAGAGCGUCCGAUCCGGGGUCAGUCUCCGUCACGCGUGAGCGCGCAGGUCCGAAUGUGCGCGUGUGUUCGUGCUGACUCUGAGCUGCUGCCUGACAGUCUUAUGCAAGCCGCCCUACACAGAGCCACGAUGUCCGACGCUGCUGCUCCAGCGGACAACAACGGGGAGCCUGGAUUAAACGGGUCCUGGGUGGAGCUGGAGAUGAACAGAAAUGCUGCGUCUCUCUCUUCCUCCAGCGCUUCAGUGCCACCGCCUCUCACAGAGGUUGUAGAGGAGGAUGAUGGGAUGGUGGGGGGCUUGGAGCACGUUCCCUCGUCUUCAUCCAUCCACAAUGGAGACAUGGAGAAAAUCCUGCUAGAUGCCCAGCACGAGUCCAGCCGUAGUAACUCCUCAUGCGACAGUCCUCCUCGACCUCACAGUCCUCAGGAUGAAGGGCAGAUCAUUUUUGACGUGGACAUGAGGAGAGACAGUCAGGAGGAGGUCAUGGAGAAGAUCAGAGAUGAUGACAUCUUAAUGAAGGAUUCAGACCGCAUGGCAGAUUGGUCAAGUAGACCAGAGAAUAUUCCUCCUAAGGAGUUUCAUUUCCGGCACCCACGGCGUUCAGUGACUCUUAGCAUGAGGAAGACUGGAGCCAUGAAGAAAGGAGGCAUCUUCUCUGCUGAGUUCCUCAAAGUGUUUAUCCCAUCGCUGCUUCUGUCCCACAUUUUGGUCCUGGGUUUGGGGGUCUAUAUCGGGAAAAGACUGACAACUCCCCCUGCUAGCUCCAUUUGAACAGCGAUCAGAUCAAGUGCCUCAGGCAAGGCCCGGCUGGAUCAGGAGGAAAGUUGCAGUUUGUACGAAGAAGCCCCUGCUGCCCCUUUCUUCCCCAUUUUACACUACCUAUCUUUCCUUCUAUUUCAAUAUUUCCUUAAUUCAUUCUUUCCAUGUUGAGAAGCAUUCGUGAUAAACUUCUCUUCAUUCCCCUUUUAUCUUCUUUCUUUAUCAUGUCCUGAAUCCCUUUUCUUUAGUUAAUUUUAUAAGUAUAUGGGGCUUUUGCGUGAAACCAAAUACGCACAUGCUAGUUCUGGCCUAGCAGUGAUGUCUGUUUAAAAUCCAGUCAAAUGACCUUCAAAUGGGCCGCUCGCAUAAUAAUAUCCCUCGUUUUCACCCCCACAAUGGGAUCGACCAAAAUAUUGACUUAUUGAAGUUGCAUUGAGCAUGCCCGAGUGCUAGCUAAGAUUUUAUUUAUUACUACAAAUGCUAUCCAUUUAGUUCUUUUUAUUUACUUCAAUGGUGGAAAGCCUGAAGGAUGAACUCUGAAGUGUUUUGGAAAGGAUAGGGUUUUCUGUAGACCCCAUACUCAUCUGGUGAAGAUGGUUGAUCAGUGGCUCCCUUUAUAACUUACAAUUUUAUACCAAAUUUUGCAGAAUCUUUUCUGACAGAGACGGCACCUGUUACAUUAAAACGUCUGAUACAUAUUCUCAUUUUGUAAUAUUUCAUCUCAUAAAUAGAGCUAAAAACCGGGUUGGAUGGGGCUGAUGGAUACCUGUAUGUAUUAUUUUAUUUGUCAGUGUUUCUUUGUUUUUAUGUCUUGUGUUUUCCACCAUACAUAUCAGGACCUGGUGGUUCAUAACUAGGCUUCGACAACACAGCCUACUUUGCAAUACCACACAAUUUAACAUUGGCGAUUGUAUUCAAAGCCAACUCUGAAAAAUAGCUUCAGUUUUUAGCCAUGCUGUCAAACUUUCUGGAAUUUUGAUCAGCACUUUCACUCUGGUCUAGCAUUUCCAUGCUGAGGAAAACAGCACAAGAGAAACCUUUCUUCAGUUUAUAGGAAUAGUGCGUUUUGUCAUCGUUUACUGAAGUUCGUGUCGUUCCAAACUUGUAUGUUGUGUUCUUUUUCUGUGAAAAGAAAAAGGAGAAGAUUUGAACAAUGUACAUGCUGCUCUUUUUCUGUACAAUCAAAAGAAAGGAGCAUGGAUUUCCUCACAACAUUUCCUUAUUCUACUUCAAAAAUGAUGGCAGAGUUGUAAUUCUCGUGUGCACACUUGCAGAGUCACACAUAUAGCGAACACUAACACUCCAGCUCCUGUUAUCAUGGACAAGAACAUCUUGGAACAUUGUUUUCAAUCCUGAAGUGAAUUAUCCUCAAGUCUAGUUGUGUUUUUGUUUCUUUUUAAGUGUGUUUUGGAUCUCCUUUGGUCUCCAUUGUUCAUCUUGAGGAUCUCCUCAAACACAGCUGCCAAAACCGACUGAGAACUCAACUCUUCUGAACUCUGUGCCUCGUUUCCUUAAUCAUGUUUGAUACAGCGUCCUGUCAUCAUGUGCGUUUCCUGUGCCACAAGCUUUUCUUUUUGUUGUUUUGCACCAGCAUGACUUUUGGAAGGUUUCUCAUAUGCUUUGAUGGUUUGGAUUUUUUUUUAACUCUUGAACAACCAUGGCAAACGAGAAGAGAAGGUACAGGAUAGUUAAAGGGGGUUUAGUUCUUUUGUUUAUAUUGGCGUUCAGAAUGUGGAUGUGAAGAAGUGGGUUUUUGAUCCUUUACGGAGAUACUUUCUUCAGACUGCCAUGCAAUGUCUAAAAUGAAUUAUAAGAAUAUUAGGUGAUUUUGCAGACCCUCUUUCCUCCCCUGUUGGACAAUGACAAAGUUUUCAAAUAAAAUUUUAAACAGAACAA